AAAAGUACAGUUUCUUCGCUGCAGGCAUAUCUAAAUGCAAAUAUGUAUUUUGUUGAAAUAGCUUACUUUCAUAUUGUUAAAACGUAUGCAUGAUCCCUCCUAAUAAUGUGAUUUCAAUAUAUUUCAGGUCAAUUUAUCAGUGAUGACGGACUCAGUGGAUAUCAACGACUUCAUUCCUAGUUCAGAAUGGGAACUAAUAGAAUCAAAAAUUCAACUUAACCGAUUAUUGUAUGCAUGUUGCAAGACACCAUUUCUUGACGUGACAGCACGAUUGGUCUUACGACGAGCACCUACAUAUUAUUUGUUUACCAUGAUUAUUCCUUGCUUAUGGUUGACCAUUUUAAAUUUGCUUGUGUUCUUGCUGCCAGCUGACAGUGGAGACAAGAUUUCAUUAGGAGUUACGGCGUUUCUUUCAUUUUCUGUGUUCAUGCUUGUUAUUUCUGAAAAAGUUCCAGUCGCAAGUACAAUUCCGUUGUUAGCAUUCUACUUGACAGUCUGCAUGGGAAUGACGUCAAUGUCCAUCAUCAUGUCUGUAUUUAUAUUAAACUUACAUCACGCUGGACCUCUUCGAAAAGGCGUCCCAAGAUGGUUGCGAAUUCUGACCUAUAAUGUUCUUUCCCUUGUUCUUUGUCUUAAACCAAAAACAGGAACUUUUCUGUGCCAAUGUGCAAAAAAAGCAUACGAACAAAAUGGGGACAAUAGUGCAGACGACACAGAAUCCAAUUAUGAUAUAUCUAUAGUAGCAGAGAAACAAAAUGAUGCAGACGAAUGCAAGCAAAAAAAUGCAGAGGAGUGGAAAUUUGUUGCGGCAGUCCUAGACAGAUUCUUUUUCUGGCUUUUUCUAAGCGGUAAUGUUCUGUAUUGGACAGAAUUUUCAGAAAUACAAAAUAUGUGGAAAUAGGAUACUGGGAUACUGAGCAAGUGUUGUUUUAACAUUUAUUCAUUGUGUUGAAAUAUUUAAAUUUCGUAUAUACUCGUAUUGUGGCAAGUAUUGUUCUAGUACUUUUAGUGAUUGUUUAUUUAUUUAUUUGUUAAUUUCAUUUUUUUUCUUUCUGAGUAAUUACUUCUGAUUUAUUGUUUAUUUAUUUAUUUAUGUUCUGCUAUGCGUGUUCAUGGGUUUUUGUUAAAGUGAAUUACUUUUACGUAAUACUUUUAUGAUAUAUUAACUGAUAGGACAUACUUAUAUUCAUCAAAUAGAACAAAAUACUGUUUCUUUUAUGUAAAUAUUCAUUGAAAAAUGAUUUUGUAUUGUUUGAUUUUUUUUAUUGUUUUUUCUUUUUUUUCAAUAUUUGAAAUACUGAUCCUUUACAGGAACUCUUCUUAUUAUAUUGUACUGAUAACUGUCUAGCAUUUAAACUAAUGUUACAUUAAAUGGUGAUCAUUGCAUUAAUAUAUAUCAGACCAAUUUGAUGAUGCGGAGGAAAGUUUUACACAUGUCUUUAUUUAUAGCCUAAAAGGUUGAUAUAGUAAAAGCAUUUAUGUCUUAAAUAAGUAUAAUUAUAACGUUGAAAGCUCCAUGUUACUUUUCAUUCAAAAUUAAUUGAUUAUACCAUAAAGCAGUGAAGUUUAAUUUAUUUUAUGUUAACAUGUUUAUCUCGGGUUCAAAAUAAGUGGCGUCCCAAUCAUUCAUAGUCAGUGGCGGCUUAUCCAUUCACGCGGUUGGUCGUCAUACUUUGACAAUGUAUACAAUGAAGUGCAUGUACCAUUGUCUAAGAUCAUUAUAAUCUACAGGUAAAACUAAAAAUGUUGUUUCUGUAAGUAGGAUAGACGAGUAAAAUCCUUAUGCAAUUAAUUAAUUACUUAGUAACUCAACUUAACAACGCAGUCGUCAAUAAAUCAAAAUGUAG